GAAACGCAGAUUUUUGCCGUGACAGUGCCAGUUGUGUGAUUACACCCUCGCGAUGUCAGCUCGUACUAUUGAGGUUAAAUACAACAUGUUCAAAUCGGGAUUCCCUUUUUUCGACAGGGGUGCGUUACGACCACAAAUUGAUACUUCGUUUAAAGAGCUCGCAACAUGCCAAAAGUGACAUCUCACCCAAACUUCUGUCGAUAAGUGUUUCGAUUGUUUUUCGUUUGACUAGUAUGUUGUUCUGUUUCAACCGCUUAUACAAAGUGCAUCCCGCAGUACACCAGUCCUUCUUGAUUAUUGCAAUCUCUAUAACUAUUUAUAUCAAUAUCGUGGCGUGCCAUCGCCCGGUGUCUUCUGUUUUGAGGUGGGGAUUUGGGGGACUUUGAAUCUGUGUUGGUGUCGUCAGGGAUUCGCGCACUUCCGGUAACUUCGUACUUCUAAUAAAUAGAUCUAUCAUUUUAUUAGAGGAUCACUUUUAGCCGCUGACGUUAUAGAGAUCAUCACCUCGUCUUCCUUGAACUAUAGUAGAUGUUCUCGAGCUACCGCGAUCGAGAGGAUCAAAAGUAGCUAGGCUUAAUUCUGUCCUGACGUGGAUAAAUCAAGAUGACUGAUGCGGGCUUGAAGAAGGGUUCGUUCGUUUUCAAAGGAGGCGAACGGUCUCUGAUAAUGGAUGCCUUGUCGGACCAGCCAGGGGAGCUGAUGAAGACUGAGAGUCCCAACUUCAUUUGCUCUCUCCUCCCACCCCACUGGCGGAGUAAUAAGAGUUUGCCGGUUGCCUUUAAAGUUUUCUCCCUUGGAGAGACGAAAGAUGGAACAAUUGUGACCAUUGGAGCGGGGAAUGAUGAAAACUGUUGUGCUGAACUGAAAAAUAACAUAGCAGUCAUGAAAAAUCAAGUUGCCCAUUUCAAUGACCUGCGUUUUGUUGGAAAAUCAGGCCGGGGGAAAAGCUUCACACUGUCAAUAUUCGUGUGCACGAACCCUCCUCAGAUUGCUACGUGUAACAGUGCUAUUAAGGUAACUGUCGAUGGACCAAGACCUAAACGACCCAAGUCCAAGCCAGACCACGAACCUCGAUGCGUCUCUUCCCUCAUCGAUGCAAGCCACGCCCAUUCUUGUGGGGUAGCUAUCUCUCACAACCAUGGCAACCAGAUCGGAAGACAGCAGGCAUUCAUGAACCAGGGAUGGAUGCCCGGAUGUUAUCCUCUAUCUUCGAUUUCUACUGAUACUUCCCAGCCUGGAAUUUAUACAAGUCCAUAUCUAUCAUCGGGUCAACAUCCUACUGACAACCCAUCUACUCAUCUUCCGCAAAUAAAGUCAGAACCAUCGGAGAUAAACUUCAUCCAGCAGAACUACCCACAGUUCAUCUACCCAACGCAACCUGAGGGUGUACCCUUCAGCCCUCCUACAAGCACCAUCUCAAGAGUAACAACCGAAGAAGAUCCACAGCGGGGCAUCUUGCCGAUAGCACCAAAUCAACUUCCCUUGCCGUUUCAGCCUGCUCAGAAUGUCUUCCCCAGCUCCAAUGCUGUUCCGGUGACUUCAUCACCAUAUUCAAUUUACCCCCACCUCUAUCUGUCAUCCUCUUCAUCUCAGUAUUGCGGUGGUUCUCUGAACAUGCUCCCAUCAACAAUGUCAGAUGAACACCGGAAGCUGGAGGACGAAGAACCAGCUAAUUGCAUUUCCAUGGAAACUGCAAUUCACCUUCCUCAUUCCGCUCCGGAGAUGUCUCUGAGUUUCGGAGGACAUCCGCAAAACCCGAAUGAACUUGAUGAUGCAAAAACAACAGACGCACAUGGCAUCGGAAUCGAGAUCAUUCAACAGCAUCCUCAAGGCAUCACUAACAUAGCGCCAAUCCAACAAACUGUUCUGGGACACUUCCCACUCAUGUCAGAUUCGAGAAAAGAGGAGUUUUGGCGACCAUAUUAAAGAAUCUUUGAGCAGGCACAGAUCCGAGGAAGCACUCAGCUUAUGAAAAUCAUUUAUCCAUAUCUGCUGCUUAGCUUACUUUUCUUUUAGACAGGAAUAGUUUAUGCGAUGGGAAGGUUGACCAACAUUGGAAAUCGACCAUUUCGUGGAAAUGACACCUUCCAUGAUAAAAAUAUCGUACCGAAAAACUAUUUUCUUCUUAAUCUUGUUUUCUAAUCUUUCGUGUUUAAAUUAUUCAUAUUUAGUAUUUAUCUGUAAAAAUUGAGUAGAAUUGGAUAGAAAUUGAUUUUGAUCUGAUCGUCACGGGUUCAUAGUUUGUAUAUUAAAUGAAUGAAUUGGCAUGACGAUAUAUUGUUUGUAUAGCCAAUGUCCAUCAAUGACAGGUACAGAUGAGAUACAACCGGUACAUCGAUAUCUUCGUCAACAUGGUGCUCAAGAUCGCAAGUGCGUGUAUAUAAUUUAGUUUUUACAGACAUAUGCAUCAGUCAGCAUGAUCAGGGUUUUUGCGAAGGGGACGAAUUCUACAACACGGAAAAUUCAUUGUCAAAAGCCCUUCAUGACAAGGCAGUCUUUGUCGAAAAUCUGUGAAUCAAAACAACAGUUUCGUUCUGGACUCUACUGGACAAUCGACAGUCAUUUGCAAUUUUUCGUCAACUCUGAAUCUUACGAAGAUCUGCUGUCCGGGUUCACCAAAUUUUCUACAAAAACCUUUCAGCUGUUCAUUGUGAUUUUACAUCUGGGACCGACCUUUAACGUUACCAUCCGAAAGACGUGACCAGGGCUCGAACCUCUGCAUCCAUUUCCAAUAGCAGAUACUUGGGACAAAACCCAGUGCUGAUAAAAGUGUAUCUUUAUGUGCAUGACAACGCCGUUUUUUCUCGGAUUAACUCGGAAGGCGUGAGACCAGGGGAGCGUUUUCAUGAAAGGACUUGUCGGACGUUUUAUCCGACAGUUACCAUAGUAACAGUGCUCCUCAGCCAAUCUAAAUCAAGUGAAGUUGUCAGAUCUGACAACUUGUCGGACAAAAAAACAUUGAUGAAACGCUCCACAGGCCGUGUCAGAUGGCCUGGUGCAAGCACUAAACUAAAAACUGUUGUGCACGGGCGAUGCUGUGAAGAUGGGCCGACUGCCCCUCCUAUUUUCCAAGUUUGAUAUAAUCAAAUUAAAUUAAUUCAUUCAACUUGAUCUAGAAACGGUAGACCCCCCCCCCCCCCUUCCGUCCCCAAACCAUAGCUUGUGACGACGGGGGGGGGGUCCUUUACAAAUAUAAACAAAUUCAAUUUAAUUAGUGAAGAAAAUCAGAAAAUAAAAUAGAAGAAAAAAACAUAAAAAGAUAUCUGGGUGGUGUAACUUUAUAUUGUCCCCGUAAUUCAUUAUUUAUGAGAAAAAGUUACGUCCCCUGGCUUUAGUUCGUCUUGUCCCGCCCCCCCCCCCCCCCCCCGCUGCCCUCUCUUUUGAAAUACCCUGGCAUACGUGUACACGUAUAGAUACUACAAUUGAUUUGUCAUUAUUUUCAUAUCCAUCUCAAAGAUUAUGUAACGCAUGAUUUGUAAAUUGUCACUUUUCUCUGAUCAUUAAAAGCUACAUUUUUUAAACUUCA